AUGUCAGCUAUAAAACCCGUUCACCUCGAGCUCGUGACGGACUAUAGCGCCAACGGAUUCCUCAAGGCCUUCCGACGUUUCACGUCUCGACGCGGCAUCUGCAGGAACCUCUACAGCGACUGCGGAACAAAUUUUGUCGGCGCUGACGCCGAACUAAAGCGGCUACUCUCUGGCUGCUUACAAGAAUCACGCAAUCUACAACAUCUGCUAGCCAACGACGGAACUGAAUGGAAGUUCAAUCCUCCUGGAGCUCCACACAUGGGCGGCAAAUGGGAAGCUGCCGUGAAGUCCGUCAAAUUCCACCUCCAACGCACCAUCGCUGACAUGUUACUCACCUACGAGGACUUCUCCACGUUCCUCACUCAGGUUGAAGCUGUACUCAACUCACGUCCUCUCAGCGCUUUCUCUGAGGAUCCCGACGACCUCACAGCACUGACUCCUGGACAUUUCAGAUGA